CCACCAACCUACCAAGACACCUCGAGAGACGCAGGAGAUUGCACAGAUGGCACAGGCACAGGUUCCAGAAGUCCGAUGGGCACAGUACGUGGCUCCCUCAUUGAUAAAUGCGGCUAACCUUGACAAGACGCUCAAACGAAAGCGAACACGACAAAAAUGUCCUCUAUGUGACAGUUGUCUGCCCCGAUAUUGAGGAUCCCAAGAUUUCCAUUGAAUCAAAGAGCCUCAAGGUGCAUGGCAAGGACAAGCACGGCAAGGAGUACGCUCUGGACCUUGAGUUCUUUGCAGAAGUGGAGGCAGAGGCCACCAAGCAACGGCACACGGGUCUUAACCUCUUCUUCAUCUUUCAAAAGAAGGAGGACAAGGCUGAGUUUUGGCCAAGACUGACGAGCUCCAAGGCCAAGCAGCACAACAUCAGGACCGACUUUGACAAGUGGGUUGAUGAGGACGAGCAGGAUGAAGCUCUGGAAAUGCGUAAGAUUUCAACCAUCGCUUCAGCAGACUAACAAGACACAGCCGACAUGGGUGCAGGAGGCGGUAUGGGCCAGCCCGACUUGGCCAGCAUGAUGGGCGGCGGUGGCGGCCUCGACUUUUCCAAGCUUGCUGGAAUGGAAGGUAUGGGCGGUAUGCAGGGUCUUGCUGGUGGCGACGGCGGCGAGCAACCAGACUUUGCCAAGAUGAUGGCCGACAUGCAAGGCUCUGCUCCCUCUGGACAGCUGCCAGAAGGCGACUCGGAUGACGAGGAGGAGUUGCCUGCGUUGUCUGAAGUCAAAGAUGACAAGUGAGAGUUACAAGCUUGCAGACAUUCAUAAAACAUGAAAAUUGAACUAUCUCAAGGAGCGGAUGGCGGUUUGAUGGCCAUGCUAGUAUGAUGAUGCUACGUACUCUAAGAUGAUAAGUGCG